AUGCCUACUGUUCUGGCUCUUAUCGGGAUAUCUUACCUCGCAUACACCAUUUGUGCUGCCAUCUGGAACAUCUACUUACAUCCGCUCCGUCGGAUCCCCGGACCAAAGCUAUGGCUGGCUUUUCCCAUCUUGCGCUACAUCUCAAACAUGAGAGGAGUACUAGAUAGGGACAUGCGAGCACUCCACAAGAGGUACGGUGGGGUCGUCCGCUUCACCCCGAAUGAGGUUUCCUUCAUCACCACCCAGGCAUGGAAAGACAUUUAUGGCCACGGACAUCGGCAGUUGCCCAAGGUAUCAGGGUCAGCGAGCAAUCCUAAGGACAUUAUCAGUGCAAAUGACUCCGAUCAUACUCGAUUCCGCAAGGCGAUAUCCCAUGCUUUCUCUGCUAAGGGCCUUCAAGCCCAAGAACCGUUCAUCAUGGAUUACGUCGACAAGCUUAUCAAUAAGCUGCACGGCAUGGCUGAGUCACAAGUAGCCGUGGAUAUGGCGAAGUGGUACAACCUUACCACAUUCGACCUGAUUGGAGACCUCGCGUUUGGACAAUCAUUCGGUGGACUGGACUCAACAGAGUACCACUAUUGGGUAUCGACUAUCUUUGAGUUCAUUAAGGCCAUAGCAUUCGCUAAGUUCAAGGAUGAUUAUCCCAUGGUAUUUAACGCCCUGAAGCGCUUCCUACCAAAACACCUCCUGGAGGCGAAAAGAAGACAGGAUGAAUAUAGCUGGAAUACAGUACAGACACGGUUGCACGAUCAGACAGACCGUGGCCAAGCGGACUUCAUGCAGUCCAUGCUUCGUCACCGCGGCGACAAAGACGGGCUGACUGAUGAGGAACUUGCAGCCAAUGCAAGCAUCCUUGUCAUUGCUGGCAGUGAGACCACAGCAACACUUUUGUCGGGGCUGACGUACUGGUUGCUACGACACCCUAAGGAAAUGGAAAAAGUCAAGUUCGAAGUGCGAUCUGUCAUGAAGACUGAGGAAGAUAUCACCGUCAACAAUGCUACAGCUAAGCUUCCGUACAUGUUGGCAUGUAUAGAUGAGGCAUUUCGCAUGUACCCACCUGUUGCGGGCCAUUUGCAGCGAUACAUACCAGACCAGCCUACUGAGAUUUCGGGAUAUCUCCUCCCCAAAAAGGCAAGUCCCACUCAGAAUAGUGAAAUAACCAAUGCUAAUACCUUUCAGACCAGAGUAUCUGUUCAUCAGUCUGCUGCAUACCGGUCGCCUCUUAAUUUCUAUAAACCCGAAGAAUUUAUUCCCGAACGUUGGUUGCCUGAAUCGAAGAAUGAUCCUUCGUCGCCGUUCUAUCGUGAUAAUCGGGAGAUUUUGCAGCCAUUCUCAGUUGGUCCCCGGAAUUGUAUAGGUCGAAACUUGGCUUAUGCAGAAAUGCGUGUGAUUUUUGCCAGAGUACUAUGGAACUUUGACAUCGAAUUGUGUGAGGAGAGUCGGGAAUGGCAUAAUCAGAAGUCAUACAACCUGUGGGCGAAACCUCCACUUAUGUGCAAGCUCAAGGCUAGGGUUCAUUGA